GUUGUCCAUCGACAUAAAAUGCAGUGUUCUGGAACAUGAGGAAGGCAAUGCAUUUCCUCCAGUUCUUUGUAAGCUGAUAUGAAGUAGACAGACACCUUCUGAAGUUUUGUGCAUGCUGUGCUCUUUUUUUCUUUGCUGCAACAAGAAAAGCCUUUUCUUUUAACCUGGCUUCCUUUGAAGAAGUAACUCAGGAAGCUUCAUGGCCUCUCAAGAAUCUCAACAACAAACAAACCCAAUCUUUAAGGAUUACCUCCCUGGUUCUUCUGGCCUUCCUGAACAAGAUAAGCCUGUUGAAGCCACAAGCCUCUGGAAGCAAACAUCACAUGCUCAUAACUUGCCACCUGGUCUGGAGUACCUGAAUCAGCUGGACCGGAUAAUUAUUCAUCAGCAGGUGGAGCUCCUUGAAGCCAUACUUGGCACAGAGACCUGCAGCAAAUAUGAGAUAAAAAACCACUUGGGACAAAGAGUUUACUUUGCAGUGGAAGAAAAUGGUUGCUUUGAUCGUAACUUGUGUUCAGCUAUAAGGUCUUUCACCAUAAGGAUUGCUGAUAACUCAGGCCGAGAAGUGAUUACAGUGAAUAGACCCUUGAGAUGCAACAGCUGCUGGUUCCCCUGCUUCCUGCAAGAGCUAGAAGUGCAGUCCCCACCAGGUACAAUAGCUGGAUAUGUUGUACAGAACUGGGACCCUUUUCUGCCUAAGUUUACUAUACAGAAUGAAAGCAAAGAAGAUGUCCUAAAAAUAAUUGGCCCAUAUGCAACCUGUGGCUGUUUUGAAGAUGUUGAGUUUGAGGUAAAAGUUCUCAAUGAUAUGUCAACAAUUGGCAAAAUUUCCAAGUAUUGGUCUGGAUUUGUAAACAAUGUCUUUACCAACACUGCCAACUUUGGGAUCCAGGUCCCAGUAGAUCUUGAUGUGAAAAUCAAGGCAGUGAUGAUUGGUGCAUGUUUCCUCAUUGACUUAAUGUUCUUUGAAAACUCUUUGGAUGGAUUAUAACAGGAUGACAGAAACAAUAAAAUAUGCAGAAUGCGUUUCAAAAUCCCUGGAGCUUUGGACAUGAUUUUGAACUGCACAAGCCUUGUUCCAUACAGGAAAAGAAAGGGAGCUAAUGAUGUUAUUUAUUAAAAUAUUUCUCAUGUAAAUAAUAAUUUGCCACUUACAUUUCAUAUACAUUGUAGCUAAACAUAUACUUUUCCCACAGAGCACUGUUGCUUUGGAACAGUGCUAUUCUCUUCUUUCCCUUUUGAUGUUCCUGCAUGGGAAAUCAUGAAAUAUCAGAUGAAGGCUUGCAGCAUCACUGAUGAAAGUCUAUGUUUAAAGAACCCUUUGAUGCUCUGUGAGUGUUGAUACCAGUUACUAACCACAUGAAGGUGUGUUGUGUGGGUUUUGCUUUUGCUUUUUCAUAAUUUUAGAAGUUAUUUUCUGAUUUGUUAUUUAAUUAAUAGCAACGAACUGAGUUUGAAAGCAACAAAUAUAAAGACAUCACCCAAUGGGAAAUUCAAGAUGGUAUCUAUUUAAGUAAGUUGAAAAAAGGGGAAAUUAUGUUUGCUAGUAAUUUAAUUUUAUGGCAAAGAUUUAUUUAAUGAGCAGCAGCCAGAAAUUAGGCUUCCAAAACUAGAGUGGAGAACACAAAUUCCAUUCAGAAAAUCUAGAUUUUCACUGCCUAUACUGAAGGCAGGAAAUAAGGUUUGAGAGAUGAGAGACUCAUCCCCUGUUUGCUAGAGAUGCACAAAUCACUUAACAUUUGAACUAUUUAGUGUGAAGAAUUCUUGUUCCCAUGAACAAAAAUCUAUUUUUUUUUCCCUCUUCCUAAUAUCUGGUGGUAGGUAACUUCUCAUUCAGCCUUACCUGAGGCCACUCUAGAGCAAAACACCUUCCAGGGACAGAAUUGUUCUUUCCCUUUGGUAAAGGGAAUGACAGGACUAUGCAAUAGCAGCUUUUUCGAUUUCAGGUAAGUUUUAAAUAGCUGUUCAUUCCUGCAGUAACACCUCAUAAUAUUGUACCUAAUCAUUCACACCAACAGGCUUUUACUAAUACAGGCUUCCUGUCUAGGAACAUCCAUGAUACACACAAGAGAUACAUAGAAAUGUUUUUGUUGCAAAGUAUUUGCUGUGCAAAGUUGCUUAUGUCUCUCUUAAAAACUCCAGAGUCCUUCAAGAAGCAGAACAACACCAUAAAAUACUGUUAGUAAAACCAAAUGCUGUCAUAAUCACCAGUCAGGUUCACAAGGAGAAGAUUUUACAAAUCCCCUGGAAUGCAGGAUUCUGUAGCGUGAACUGGUCUGGUAAUUCAGUUCUUGUAAAUAACCAAACACAUCAACGGAAGGGAGAGGAGAUGAUGAAUUAUUCAUAAAAAUGAAAAAGAGCUAAAUUUAUCAGGUGAUUAAUUCUCAACAAAUAUUUAGACUAAUUUUAAUUUAAUGUUCAUGGAUAUGAAUUCAAACACAGUGAAGCCAGGAAGCAGCAGCUAAUGUUCCCAUAGUGAAAUUAGCUCAGGAACGCUUAUAGAUUUAAACAGUAUGUUUUAGGUUAUAUACCAGACUUGGGUAUUUAUACAGAUUUACAUAUGUCUUGAAAAUAAUUGUGGUUAACAAGCUCUGACAAUCAUCAUUAUUUGUUAACCGUUUUGCUACCAGCUCUCACUAUAAUUCCUAGCAGCAGAUCAGGCUAGAGCCAGCUGCAGUGGUGAGCUCCAGGGAAGCACUGCCAUCUCCCCUCCCGGUACAUUUCCGUGUUCUCUACCUAUGGGCUUAGUGGGCAAGAGGCUCCCUCCUGUGGAAAUUUAUAGUUUUGCAGAGAGGUACAGAUGACUGAUGCCAAUUUGCUCUUCUCACUAGUUACACACUGGUGUAAUUCUACUAAAUUCUGUCCUUUUACUCCUGACUUAAUCUAAUGCAGACUGAGGAAAAGAGCCAGACUGCUGUUUUAAUUUAUCCCUUUAAAUCACCUUGCUACCUUAGACAGAAGUAACUCUACUGUAGCAACAGUGUUUGGUCUCAUGUAAAACCGUGUUAUUGUAUUUGUGGUGUGUGUGGCUGAACUCAGGGCCUGGUGAGAGCAGCUGGUCCUGGGUUAUCAGCCACUCUUCUUCCAGUUUCCAGCAUGACCCUUAGCAGCCAAAGACAUCUUUAAAGCAAAUGUGUUCAACCCCCACUGAAGUCAAUACAAAACAAGGUUGUCUUUACCUGCAGGGCUGAAUUUGGCCAUGAGUAUCCACAUAUGCCCUGUAGGUGAAUGAUGCAUACUUUUAUAUAUUUUUAUAUAUUGCAACCAGAUGAUGGUACUGUAUUUCUUGUGCUUAGUGACUUUGUUGCUGGUUUUGUAUGUUAAUACACAUUAUUAUUAUUAUUAUUAUUAUUAAAAAGGAAAAAGUAACAGAUGUUUAGGAAUGUAUGAAUGCCCCUGUUUACAGCCAGGGACAGCUUCUGAGACAUACAGAAACAGGCUAAGACCCUGGAUAAAACAAAGUAGAGGCGCUGGGGCAGCUCUUUCUGGAUAGAAGAACUUCCUCAGCAGCCUGAUUGACUUCGGUCCUAAGUUCAGCAUCCUGGUAUAAAUCUAGUGCCAAUGCCAGCAGUUUUUCAACUGGAAGUUCCUUCACUUAAACUACAGUUGCCAUGGGAGGGCAGGAAUUCAUGCUGCCAAAAAAUGAAAUCUUAAGUGAUAUUACUAAAGAAAAGUUAACAUACUACAAACAUUUUUUAAAUUCUGCAGUUCUACUAACGUUCUUAUUAACACCAAUGCAUUUCAUGUGAUGGAAGCUACAUAAACUCUUUACAAAACACCCAUUUCACAAUUCCCCAAUGCCAUGAGUGGCGCUACAAAGAAUUUGGUAUUCCCCAAAAGGAGAACAGAUACUGUCUAAAGCAGAGUCACAUCCUGCAUAUCUAGAAAGAAAUAUGUUUGUUCCAAUGAAAGAUAAAUUUUACUUAAUUCAGCCAAGCGACUACUUUCCCAUUUGAUGGCUAGCUGUGGAUCUGGGUAGUACAUAAUUCUUGUGUGCAGUAGGUGGCAGCAACAUUUCAUUAUUAGAAUAUUUAGCUUUCCACAAGCGUACCCAGGACACUGAUUAAAGAUCGACACGCUUUUAACCUCUAAUUGAUUUCUAAACUAAAAUGGAGGAUUUGGGCUUUGUUGCCUGAUAUUAAACCUUUGGCAUAAGAUGCUUGAUUGUCUUUAUUGCCUGCAAUUUA